GAUUCACAGCGUUUGACAUCGCACUUCCAGGCCAACAGAGGUUCCAAAUCUUACGCAACGGUUCGCGUGCUUUCAUACUCAGUGGAAUAACUACCACCCACACGCAACUAUCGGCCUCCGUUUGCUAGAACCCGCCCUCCCUCAACUUCUCCUAAUAGGACGGUGUUGAAGAUGGCGGCUCGACGGCCGCCGCUGCCGCUCGACUUGCUGCCGCAAAUUGUUAACGAGGUGAUCGUCACAACAGGCAAGGCGUUCAAGGCCGCCAAACGAGAUGGUAAGGCCAAUCCGGCCGAGGUGUCUGUGGCGAUUAACGAGCGGAUCCCCGCGGCGGUGGAAAGGUUCAACUCUGUUUUGGAUGAUCUGGAAGCCGAUAUCCUUCGGGCCAAAUCGGUUCUCCUGCGGGACCUCAACCAGAUUAGGGCGCAGCGCAACCCGCCCCCGCCAGAGCCCAAGCCGGUUGCCCCUCCGGCGCCGAUGUCUAUCGACUUGACGUCUCCCAAGCUGACUGCGAAGCCUGAGCCCUUGACUGGUUUGCCAGGUCCGACUCCACCGGUCAAUCAGGCCAACAAGCCGGUUGCCCCAUUCCCCAACAUGGGAUUUGAUAGUGCAUCGCGCCAGAUGGCGCCGACGCCUUCCCCAAAGAUGGCUGCCAAACCGAGAGAUGUCAAGGGCCAUGGCAGGCCGGCUGGAGCGGUCGGCGGCGUGGCGGCCGGCCGGGCCUCGACCGCUCCGCUGAAGAAGGAGACCAAAGUCCCGGCACCCCAAGUGCCGAGGCCGGGAGUGGCGGCAACAGCACCUCAACCCACCCUCAACCCUUCGGCCCCAAUCAAAGGGUCCCCGACUACCGUGCCGAGUAGGCCAGCACCGGCCACGACGAAGACCACGAUCAAUGCUCCGGGGCCAGCAGCUCGGUCAUCGGCCCCACCGGCGGCUGGAAACGAGAAGCUGUUCACAGACAUGACAUUUUCACCAGCACCUCCUCCGAGAGACCUGCCAACGCCAAAGCAAGGGACGCAACCGCCGGCGAACCCACCAGCGCAACAACCGCAACCCCCAGGGGCCGGUGCUGCCAAUCUCGGGGCCGGAGAGCUGCCAGGGCUCAGCAUGGAGCCACUCGCAAGGGGCCCGGCGGACGUGGCUGACAUGUCCAGCGUGGAUGCUAAGAUCGACGGGCUCUUCAGUCUGGGCUCAGGCGACAUGGAGAAUCUCAACCAUGACUACGGCUUCGGAAGCGGGGAUAACAGCAACUUCAACGAUAUGUACUUUGCCACGGCCGACAGCAAUGGCGGGGCAGGAGAUCUCGACGACACAUUUUUCAGUCUUAAUGGGUGAUGGGGGGAACACCGUGGCGUUGAUCAACGACUAUGGGACAAAGAGUUUUGGGAUGCGUAGGCAGAGAUACGCAGCUCAGGGCUUCCAGUUGGCUUUGGAGGCGUUAGAAGGUCUUGAGGACUCAUUCCAAGGAUCAGAACUAAAAGAAGAA